UUGCUAGAUAUUUGACAGCGAAGUGUCAGUUUUAUUGGAAGUGUUGUUCAAGACUGAACAGUAUUUCUGUGUAAACCAAGUUAAUAAAGUUUGCAAAAAAAAUGCCUCGACGUGGAAGAUCCGCGAGCCCUCCACCAGCCCCGCAGCGACGGGCUGCACCGCCACCGAGCCGUGUUCCAGCUCAUGCGCCACCAGCGACCCCAGCACCUGCUAUGGCUCAGCCUCAGCAGCCCUCGAUGUUUGGGCAGAUGGCAGCCACUGCUGGUGGUGUCGCCGUGGGAUCUGCAGUGGGUCACGUAGCCGGUAGUGCUCUCACUGGUUUGUUUAGUGGUGGUAGCAGCAGCGAGCCUGCACAGCAGCAGGUGCAAGCACAGCCGCCUGCGCAGACGCUCAGCCAGUACCAGAACCAGACUCCCCAGGGCCCCUGUGCUUGGGAGAUCAAGCAAUUUAUUGAGUGUGCUCAGCAACAGCAUGACUUGACCCUCUGUGAGGGCUUUAAUGAGGCUCUGCGUCAAUGCAAGAUUAACAACCACGUUUAAAUUUUUAGCUUAAUUAAAAUUUCAAGGUGCCAUUAGAUCUUUAAAUUUGACAAAAUGAAUUACUAUUUCCCAAUAUCUAUUGUCAUGUUGUAUCAGAAAUAUAUACGAACAGUUCUUUCUACGAAAAUCUUUUUGAAAAUCAAAACUUUUCACUUAGGUGAACAACCCUGGCACCUUCCUAGUAGCUUUUAUUUCUGAUUAGUUUAAAGGAAUUAAAAAUUUCCUUGGUUAUCAUGUAGCAAAUUGUUAGUAUGUUUAUUAUUGUUUAUUUUAAAUAUUUUAAGACGAUUUAUUGUGAUGUAGAAUUCUCUAAUCAGAAUUUAUCCAUUUCUUUUACGUAAUUUUUAGAACAAUAAAUAUACAAUAAAACACAAUAA